AUGGCUAGGAGCAAGACUCCAACAAGCAAAGCUCUAAAUUACAAACUUCCUCCUAACCUAAAGGUGCCAUGCGUUCUUCAGGUUAAUAAUAACCCUUUUGGCGGCAAAGGUCUUGGCAUCACUACCAGUAUAGCCACCUCUCUGCUUGCAAUAAGAUCGCCAGACAAAGAAUCAUUCCUUGGCUUUAUCAUCGAAUUCCCAUUACCCACUGAUAGCAUUGGUUUCGGACAGUGUCAUCACAUUGACUUUUCUACUCGCAAGGCCAGUCCUAGCAACACUUGGGAUCUCACCGUGAAGUUCCCCCGCGACGAUAUCAAUAUCACCUACAGGGCUGCAAGUGAAGACGAAACCGCCAGAUACUCCGCCGGUAAGAAGCACAUGACUUGGGUCGUUGUCUUCCUCGGCAACAACGCAUCAGUCUCUGUCCAAGGAUUUGGUAUACCGUACUCGAACCCAGGUCACCCGGCUGAAGAUUGGCUGCGGUAUACUGCCUCGACAACCGUUAUUGGCGGCCUAUCCUUUCUUGAUAUCAUCCAACAGCGACAUUUUUCGUUCCUCGCUACUCAACCUGAAAAGACCAUGAUGGCGAGGUGGAGCGUCGCCAGCUUAGCACCCAAGUUCGACUACGGCUAUGGUAUAGACCAAUCAUGGAACAUGGACAGAUACAUGAAGCAGCUCCAUGACGUCAAAGGUCACCGCUUCCAGACUACAUGGAACUUUGGAACCGACGCCUCCCAUUCCAAGAUCAUGUGGAUUCAGAAAUACUGUCUCGACAUGACUACUGAAAUGGGCUCUGCGUACUUCGUCAAGCAUCCAGCAAGCCGGAAGUCGGGAAGAUGGUUGGUCAUCGUCAAGAUGGACCGGGACUUUUGGAAGCACACAGAAUGGUCUCAAGCAUGUAUCCACGGCACCAUGAAGCUGGUAGUCCAUCCUGGAUUGCUCAACCGACAUCCACUCACUGAGAACGACUUUGUUAUCAGGGUUAUCGAGCCGCUUCAUACUCGACUGGGUAUCAAGGAGUUUGAGAGCCGCGAGGAGGCCAACAAUCGCGUUUCGUUCGAAUGGGACCUACAACUUCAUGAAGCCAAGCGCCAGGUCGACGCUGUUUGCGACCUCUUGCCAUCGGCCGCCCCAAAUCACCUCUUCUGUGAUCAACGCUGUGAAGGUUCAGAGCUUAGUGCCGGAAAGAAGGCAUUGAUGAUGAGCUUUCACAGAGAUCUCCUACGUGGCGAUGGCUUCUGGCAGACAAUGAUGUCCGCAACCUCGGCCGUGGAUGAGAUGGCAGGCAACAUGAGAGCUCCGAAUACUGGUGGCCAAGGUCAAGGAUUGAUUUUGCCUAUGCUCCCUUCUGUCUCUGAGGCCGACCAAUGUCCGCUUCGGUUCUACCUCAGCAACCGUCCUCUAGGCUUUGGUAUUAUCACGACUGGCCCCAACAGCAACGACACCCCCGUCCUUCCCGCGGCGGUCCUCGCGAUGCACGCAACCAUGGGUACUGUCAUGGCGAGUGGGCCGACCCCUGCUGCCGUGAAUAAGUUCGCUUUUGACCUACAUACUGUCUCUCACAAUGUUGUAUGCAAGUACAACAUUGGAAGGACCCAGGAAACCCGUAGCCGGGCUGCUCUGGUCAUUCGCAGCUUUCAAAUUCAGGUUGAAUGCGAUGCCUUCAAGAUUUUACUUCGAUUCCCUCACCUUGGUGAUGAAGCGGCCAGUGAUGAUAAGCGGGGUGUGAAGUUGGAUUGGAAUUUUCAUCUCUCAGCCUCGUAUUGGCUUCUUCUCUGCCUUGGUUCCGAAUCUCUGCCACCCCUGCAGAAGGACGACAGCAAUAUUCUACACGAGUUCAAGACAUUACUAGCAGGGUCAGACAGUCUUGCUCGUCUCCGUGAGCGGGUUUCUGGUAAGAUCUCAUGGGAAGUGUACGUGGCCGGCGAAACAGUUCGAGACACUGAAAUCAUGAGACUGAUGAAGAUGCUCGUCGAGGUCGCCGACAUUGUCUGUACCACGCCAUCCCUAGCUCAUACCGAAGAUCAUCUCAAGAAGUGGAAGGUAGAGCGGGCUCGUGGCAUCGCUAUUGACGAAGCUGGUCGCAUGAGCCGUGGGGAUCUAUAUUCCAUCUGGGGAAAUACGCUCUUGCCCUGCCUUCUUGCCGGCAAUGAAGAGUUUAUCCCGCUAGAGGUGAAGAGCUACCAUGACAGAGAUGACGACGGCAAUAUGCGGAAUAGAUUUGGCGACGAUGCUCGGAAGUCGGCGCUCGAGUUUCUGACGGCGACUGGGUGGCCUGUCUACCGUGUUCGUGGUCAGUGA